AUGAUGCGCCGUGUGCUUCAGACCAAAGCAUUGCAUCCGGCCUGCAUGUCAGGCGGUGGGGCAAAGUUCUAUGUUGCUGGCGGGACACAUCGUCUCAGCAGAGGGCGCAUGCUCGGCAACACCGGGUCUGAUGGUGAGGCGGGUGGUCGUCCAGUAAGUGCUGAGGAACCUCAAGACCCGUCGAACAGUGCCGCGCGGAAGCCAUUGUCUGUUGUGAAGAAAAAAUCACAGAUUCUUUUCCCAGAUGCCCAAGAACACGAGUUUGACAAUGUGAAGGCUGCUUCUGGUGAAGAGCAUUCUGUGCUAAAUGAAGAAGAGGAGUUGGUACGUGCACCUCCCAACAUGAAAAGAAGAUAUGAUGUUUACCUUCGUCCAAAGCGCGAGUCCGUCAGUUUCACAAGCUCAUUCGCCGGUCGGGCCCUCAGUGAAGUGAGGGAUGAUAUGGGUGCGGAAGAUGAUGUGACCAAGAUCUACGAUAGCAACGAGAUGGAAAGCGAGGUUCAGGCACAAGCAAUAAAAAGUGAGCCUGUAAUGUCUGCAAACUCGUUCCGUCGGGAUGCUGUGAGGGUGAGAAAGGAUGUGGACACAGAGGAUGAUGUGACCAGGAUCUACGAUAGCGGCGAGAUGGAGGCUGCGCGUAGAGUGGGUGGACGAAUCAGUAACAUCAAGAGUGACGCUUCUGAGAAGCCAAAGCAAGCAUUGCACGAAAUGAAUGGCGAAGCAGACGAAGAUGAAAACAGUAGGAAUGUGGUAGAAGCUAACAGUGAUACAGAGGAAGAAGUUGGGACCAAACCAGGUGCCGUGAAUGAUGAGUUCAAGGAUGUACGGAACCACCCUUUCUUUACUGACCUUCUUCUUCGCAUGGAGAAAAAUGCCGUACGUCAGCGACAGCAGAUCAAAGCCGCUGGUCGUUACAACCUGGAUGCUGCUAAUCUGUGCCUUCGGCCAUUGCUUCAGCUCGCGGAUUACCCAUUUACUGUUCGCCAGCUGAGCCUGGUGGCGCCGUUUCUUUACCCCAACCUACUGCGGCGCUCCCUGUCAGAUGUAAAGGCGUGUCGCCGUCUUCAUAUCUAUCGCUCUGCUGACACAGAUGUCGUCCUGGAUUGGUCGGCGGAAGACUUCCUUCGCCGACGCUACGAGAGCAUUCACCUCUCAUGGGAGCCUGUAAAGAUAGUCAUGAUGCGAUUUGGGUGGAACCAGGAGAUAAUGUCGGACCGCGAUUGCCUUCUGUACUUCUCAAAGUUUCGAGAUUUCAUAGAGUUGGCUGAGCUGGAACUCAGUGGGGGAGACGAAAAGCCAAAAGCCAUACCAAUAGAGGAUCCCGUGUCGGUUGCAGAACAGCGGCCUAUCCCUGUUUCCAAGCUACUUAUACGCCGCAAAAUGACAGAAAACACGGAGCUUUCCGUAACGGAGACGAUUCGGCUCAUGGGAACGCCGGCGUUGUCAACCCCGGCAAAGACAAAAAAGACGCGAACGUUUGAGAAGGAUAGCGUUGAAGGGACUUUUGAGCGCAUUAGGCGCGAAGCGGCGAACGUGGACGGUGACGAAGAAACGAAACUGCAGCACGGUAUCGACGCAGUCCCGGCUUUGCGUCAGGCCAGCCAUCCCUCUGGACGCUCCGUUAAGGAGUUUUCGCUUGGAAAACAGAAGAGUGGUGUAAUUUCUGGGGAUGCUCCGCACGUCUCUACAAGAGUGGAAGGCAAACCAUUUGAUGAGAACCGCCAAAACUAUACCCCAGAAGCCUAUGAGGCUCUGGCUAAUGCAUACCAUAAAAAGAAGGUGGAAGCUUCCCAAAUACGUCGUCGACUGUUGAGCACUGACAGCAUUGAUCAUGCUAGUGAGCUUCAGGAGAAGCUCGGAAUUGCACAAAAGGAGCUGCCGCGUCUGCGAGAGCGCCUCGAGAAGAUGCGGCAACUUCGUCACAUGGAGAAGGAUGCACCGCCAGAGAAACUGUACGCUCCCCCACUCGGUGCAGAGAAGCAUGAAAAGGAUGAGGUGGAAAAUACAAACGUCGCAGCGCUGGAAUCUGAGGCCGAGAGGAAUCAAAGGGGGAUGGAGGGCCAGGACGGCGCCUGGACGCCAGUCCCUUCUACGCAACUUGAUGAGUUGACACGAAAGUCAACAAAAAACUGUGACGCCGUCGAAGAUGACAUUAUGGUGACGAAGAACGUUGCUGGUGUGGCAAAGAAGGGCAAGGAUGAAACGGAUCCUUGCGUGCAGCCCGGUUCUGCCGCACCAGCAGAAGACAUCGCAUCGUUAUCUUCGGCGGCAACGAUGCUGCGGCGGGAGAUCGAGUCGCUGCAGGAGAAGCGUCGCCGUGAGGAGGAAUCCCUGCUAAAGAAAAUGGAGGAGGCGCUCAGUACACUGCUCACGAUUGAGUCAGCAAUAAAGUCGGUCUCUCACCGUGGAGCGAAGGAGACGAAAGCAGAAGUUGAGGCAAAAGCAAAGGCAAAGGCAAAGGCAGAGGCAGAGGCAGAGGCAGAGGCAGAGGCAGAAGAGGAGCGCCGGCGUCUUGAGAUGCAAGAGAGGCUGAAAGCCGAAAAGAAGGCGAAGCGGGAGCAAGCCGAGGCGCGGGCUCGGGCGCUAGAGCAGGAGCUGUUGCGCAAGCACGAAGAGCGCAUGCAGCUCCUUAACAAGCAGCGCGAGGAAGCGCGUCAGGCGCAGCGGGAAGCCGAGAUCACGUUGGAGCGGCAGAAGCAGGCUGAGCAGGCUGCUCUCGAAGAAGAGGUGGAGCUGGAGCGUAAGUUGCAGGAGGCUAAGUCGAGGAUCUGGGGUAAGGAGGUUAGUGAUACACCGUCGGUGCAGCCCACGAAUACCCUUCCAGUAAAUGAGCUCACAAACAAUAAGGAGGAGCUAAUGGAUCGCGAUGCAUCGUGUGCACAUCCGUCACCAUUGCCCUCCCCUUCACUUGAGCCAAGCUGCACACCUGAACAGUACGAUGGUCUCUGCCUGGGUGCAGAGCGGCUGCGCAAAGAAAUUGCGGAGCUGGAGCGUCAGAUGGAAAGCGAGGGAGACGAAGAUGAUAUGACUUUGAUGGCUGUUCUAGCAGUCUCGCGGGCGGAGCUUGAGGAGCUUGAGGACUUCAUUCGUGCCGUACAGCGGAACGAGUCAUGGACGACGGAGCGCGAUCGAGAGCUUAAAAGGGAGCGUGAGCGACAAGCUAAACAGUGCGGUGAGCGGCCAAAUGAUUUGCAGGAGCAAAUCAGCGCCAUCCGCUUCCAGGUUGAUCUUAUGGAGAAGCGACUGCGGCAUGCGACGGAGAGAUCUGUGAUAACGAAGCUCGAGCAGGGCAUCAUCAACAGCAGACGUGAGAUCAACCGCCUGCGUGUCGAGCAAGACCGCCUCCGCCGAUCGGGACAGCACGCGGAUGCCGGCGGUCUCCAUGUGCCGCCGUCGAUAAGUGUCGCGGAGGCGCUGGCACAGGAUGAAAAUGACGCGAGUGCAGAAGAGAUGUCCGCAGCAGCGGCAGCGGCGAACGAGACAGAGGCAAACUUCGAUGAUGAGGAGGAGCUGACUGGCGAGAGCGUGGCCGUAGACGCGCACGCCAAGGAGGCCACCGAAGACCUCGAGGCUGGUGAGGCCGACGCUCAUGUCUCUGCUGGAGAAUGCAAUGAGGACGAGAAAAACGGUGAGAGCUAUGUUGGUGACAGUCUUGAUGAGGAGCUGUGCGGUGGGCAGAGCGAGCUGCGACAACUGACAACACAAAUGGAGAAAAUGCUGAAGGAAAUCAAGCAUCUUGAAGAGAGUAUCGCCUUACACGGCGACGGAGAUGAUAGUGAAACGACCACGGCAUCCCUUGUUGAACUGCAAAAAAAACUCCAGCUGCUGCUCGAGAUGCGCGAUAAGGUUAAGCGGCGAAUGGAGCACCACGUGUCUAGCAAGACACCGUCUGAGACUGCGGCGUCCACGCACGUUGCUGCAGUGAAGCCGCCCCGCAAACCGGUGGUGCUCGCGCCGUUAUCCAACCGGCCCGUAUCGAGCCACGCCCGUCGCGCCGGUGCAGAAGUGCUCCGCUUCCAGCAACACGCCAAAGAUCAUCAGCAGCAAGCUUCUCACCGAAUUUCUACACCUGGGCGGAAGGGGCAGAAGAAUGCCAAGUCGAAGAAGUCUCGUCGGUAA